AUGGAGUUUGACUUAAACGGAGAAGGCAAUAUUGAUAUAAGGUCUCUGAAGAGAAUGCUAGAGAAACUAGGAAUCUUUAAGAGCUACCUAGAGCUGAAGAAAUUAAAGAGAGUGGCAGAUGGCCCUGGGGAGACCAUUUGUUACCUGGAUUUCCUCAGGUUGAUGCUAGGCAAGAGAUCAGCCAUUCUUAAAAUGAUCCUGAUGUAUGAGGAGAAAAACAGAGUACAAGAGAAACCAACACACCCACACAUAAAACCAGCCAAGAAAGCAAUCUCUGAAUUGCCUUGA